UUCCCAGGGGACUGUCGUAUGGCCAAUGCUGAGGAGAAGCUGAUGGAUGACCUUCUGAACAAAACCCGCUACAACAACCUGAUCCGGCCAGCCACCAGUUCCUCGCAGCUCAUCUCCAUCCAGCUGCAGCUCUCCCUGGCCCAGCUCAUCAGCGUGAAUGAGCGAGAACAGAUCAUGACCACCAACGUCUGGCUGAAACACGAGUGGACUGACUACCGCCUGGCCUGGAACAGCUCCCGCUACGAGGGUGUGAAUAUCCUGAGGAUCCCUGCAAAGCGCGUCUGGUUGCCUGACAUUGUGCUGUACAACAAUGCUGAUGGGACCUAUGAGGUGUCUGUCUACACCAACGUGGUGGUCCGCUCCAAUGGCAGCAUUCUGUGGCUGCCCCCUGCCAUCUACAAGAGUGCCUGCAAAAUCGAGGUGAAGCAUUUUCCCUUCGACCAGCAGAACUGCACCCUCAAGUUUCGCUCGUGGACCUACGACCACACGGAAAUCGACAUGGUCCUUAAGUCACCCACAGCCAGUUUAGAUGACUUUACUCCCAGUGGUGAGUGGGACAUAGUAGCCCUCCCAGGGCGAAGGACAGUGAACCCACAGGACCCCAGCUAUGUGGACGUGAGCUAUGACUUCAUCAUCAAGCGAAAGCCGCUUUUCUACACCAUCAACCUCAUCAUCCCCUGCGUGCUUAUCACGUCACUGGCCAUCCUGGUCUUCUACCUGCCGUCUGACUGUGGGGAGAAGAUGACGCUGUGCAUCUCUGUACUCCUGGCGCUCACCUUCUUCCUGCUGCUCAUCUCCAAGAUUGUGCCUCCCACCUCCCUUGAUGUGCCACUCAUCGGCAAGUACCUCAUGUUCACCAUGGUGCUGGUCACCUUCUCCAUUGUCACUACCGUGUGUGUGCUCAAUGUGCACCACCGCUCACCCAGCACCCACACCAUGGCGCCCUGGGUUAAGCGCUGUUUCCUGCACAAGCUGCCUACCUUCCUCUUCAUGAAGAGACUUGGCCUUGACAGCAGCCCGGCCAAGGCCCCCCUGCCCACCCAGUUGUACCUGACUAAGACUGAGGCCACUGCCACCUCUGCUGUGGGCCCUGCCAGUCCCUCUAACCUCUACGGGAACUCCAUGUACUUUAUGAACCCUGCCCCUGCGGCGCCCAAGUCUCCAGCUGGCUCCCACUCAGCAGGCAUCCCCAGAGAUUUCAGGCAGAGGUCCUCUGGGAGGUUCCGGCAGGAUGUGCAGGAGGCUUUGGAGGGUGUCAGCUUCAUUGCCCAGCACAUGAAGAGUGACGAUGAAGACCAGAGUGUCAUUGAGGACUGGAAAUAUGUGGCCAUGGUGGUCGACCGGCUAUUCCUGUGGGUAUUCGUGUUUGUAUGCAUCCUGGGCACUGUGGGGCUCUUCCUCCCUCCCCUCUUCCUGACCCACCCACCUUCUGAGGUGCCCUAGACUGCCCAUCAUGUCCAAGAGCACCCUGGGCUGUGGGGUGAGAUGAUGUGAGCAGCC